AUAUAUAUAUAUAUCUGUAUAUCAAAAUUUGUGCAGCGCCGGACGCGUGUCAAACUUGUGCCGGGCGGCUGAGCGUCGCAGUCGCCGUUGACGUCGCAGCUGGCGUCGCAGCUGGUGUCGACGCUGCUUAAAAUGCCGGCUCGUCGUUUUGGUUGAUCGGCUGACGGCGCCGUAUGGUUCAGUUUUUCAGUUUUAGUUGUGUUUCUGCCAGCGACGAGUGACACAGAGAAAGAGAGAAAUCCCUAAACGACGACGACAAAAGACGACAAUAAACGAGCAAUAAUAAAAAACAAAAGCAAAAAGCACACGAAUUAAAGCAAUUUUUAGAUUUAGCUGAUUGAAAGCGGCAAACGCGGCGUAUGCGUAAUAGCCAGACACAAACUGCAGCAGCCAGGCACAACAAAUCAAGCACACACACACACACACACACACAAACUCACACAUAUACAUAUAUAUAUAUAUACAAAGAGACUUUAAGUGUGGGUUCCGUUUCGAGUGCAACAGUUUCCCAGGCUUAGACGCGACGUAGACGAUGCCAAAUAAUCGUAAUCGUAAUCGCAAUCGUAAUCGUAAUAAGCGCAAUAAAAAUCAAAACGCAAAUCAAAAUAAACAGCAAGCGGCGGCGGCGGAGGGGGCAGCGACAGAGGAGCGAGAGCAGCAGGAGGAGGCAACAGCGGCAGCAGCAACAACUUCAUCAUCAUUAACAGCAGCUAAUGAUCAUCAGCAUGAUAAUAAUGCAAAUUCUGGCAGCAUUUCAAAUGGGUCAACCACAGCCAGUGACAGCCUCACAGCUGCUGAUGAAUCAACCACGCGCAUAGCCAGCAGAGAGGACAGCCAGAAAGAGCCAGAAGAACAGUCAGAGGUGCAACAAGAGGAUCAGUCAAGAGAUCAGUCCAAAGAGCAGCAUAUUGCAGCAAAAGAUCAUUCGUCUAAAGAUCAGGCAGAAGAAAAGCUGGUCGAUCAAUUAGAAGAUCAGCCUACAGUUCAGACAAAAGAGAAGCUUCUUCAACAUUCGGAAGAUCAGCACAAAUAUCAAUCUGAGGAUCAGUUGGAAGAUCUGUGUGAACUUCAGGCAGAAGAGAAGCUUAAAGAUCAGCCUACAGUUCAGACAAAAGAGAAGCUUCUUCAACAUUUGGAAGACCAGCACAAACAUCAAUCUGAAGAUCAGCUGGAAAAUCUGUCUGAAGAUCAGACAACAGAAAAGCCCAUCGAUCAGCCUGUAGAUCAAACAAAAGAGAAGCUUGUUAAGCAGUUAGAAGAUCUGCCUGCAGUUCAAUCUGGAGUAUCUGAUGAUCAGACAAAAGGUAAACUGAUCGAUCAGUUAGAAGAUCAGACAGAGGAAAAGCCUGUCAAACAGCCCCAAUAUCAAUCUACAGAUCAGCUGGCAGAUCUGUCUGAAGAUCAGACAAAAGAGAAGGCCAUCGAUCAGCCUGUAGAUCAGACAAAAGUGGAGAUUGUCCAACAAUUAAAAGAUCAGCCUGGAUGUCAAUCUGAAGAGCAGCUAGAAGAUCCGUCUAAACAUCUUACAAAAGAGAAGCUGGUCGAAUACACUGAAGAGCAGUCGAUUGCACAAGCAGAAAGUCAGCCUGAAGAUCAGUCUGAGAAUCAGCCACAAGAGUUGCCAAGACAACAGUCGGAAGAACCCCGAAUUGAACAGCUGGUCAAGAAAGAUCUAGUUGAGGACCCAAUAAUAGAAAAGAUUAUUGAUCAGCUAGAUGAGCAAGCAAUAGAUCAGCCAAGGGAACAUCUGAUAGAAAUUCAUUCGGAAGCGCAGACAAAAGAUCUGAAAGGGGAUUUGAAUAGAGCAAAGAAACCCUCCGACCAGCCAGUAUAUCAGUCUGAAGAUCAGUUAAAGAAACAGGCAGUGGUUCACAUAGUGCCUGUGAUAGUCGAAAAGGAAAACAAACACGAAGCAGUCAUACAAACGCAAUCAGAUGCAAUGGGUGCCAAAAACUCCAAGCAGCAGCGGGAGCAACUACAGCAAGAGACAGAAUUGUCACAGGAGCAACAGCAAUUGCAGGCAGCAAAGCCACCAGGCAGUCCACGUCAGGCCAAGGUCAUAGUGCAUCGCAUAGUGCGCGAGAGCAAUGAUGAAGUAGAUGCACAUCAGCAACAGCAGGAGCAGCAGCAGGCGCAACAACAGCAGCAGGAAACACAAACAGAGAAACAUUUGCCAGCAGCUGUGCAAGAAUUACUGGCGAAUUGUCAGCUGCAACAGCCGCUAGCUCAGCAGCAACAUAUCGAUACACAGCAGCAACAGGUCAAUGCACAGCAGCAACAACUGCGUUCACCACAACAUGCCACAAAGCAGCCGCUGCAACGCAGCACCAAAGUCAUCAUACAUCAGAUACGCCUCGAAACGGAUGAGGAGGAACGCGCUCGCAAAGGUAAGCCCACAAUUGAGGAGAUCAGCAGCACCACAGCAACAACAACCGCACACAGCACCAACAGCAGCAGCAGCAAUAACAACAGCGGCACCUUGUCACCGCCGCCGCGUUACCUGGUCGAAUCGCCCUCGCCGAAGGCCGUGCAACAGUUUAGUAAAUUCGCGCGCGAUGUGCAAAUUCAGGAGCUGGAGCUGAGCAGCGAUUGCAGCUCCGGUGAGUUCAAUGGGCCGCUGCAAUCGCCAGUUGUAUUUGAAGCGGAUUCGGAGACGGAGGCGAGCACGCCGACGGCUACGAUUGCGCCCGUUGCUGUGUUGGCGUCUUCGGCGGAUUUGCCGUCCAGCAGCCGCGCCGAGCAACAGGAGCAGCUGCGCCAAAAGCGCGCCCAGAAACGCAAUGCACUCGAAUCGCACUUUCUGCCGCAGCUGCUCAGUCCGCGCUAUCUGGACAGCAUUCUGGAGGAGAAUAGCGAGGCAGCAGCAGCGGGUGGCGAUGCCAGCCUGAGUCGCAGUGCCUCCGCCUCCUCCUCCGGCAAUGAUCCGGCGAAGACGCGCUCACCGCUGCCAGCGAAGGCGAACGAAGCGUUUCCGCGCAGCCAACUCGACUUCAGUCGCCGGCACAAGCGUCGCGAAGAGCCGCUGGCUCUCAUGCUGGAGACAAAGCUGCUCGAGCAGCCCAGCGAUUUGGAGAGCUGCACGCGUCUACAGAGCACAUUGUCGCCGCAGUCCGAGGACGCGGAAUUGGUUUACCUCAGCUCGUCCGGCUCCAGCAGCGUCUCGGAUCUAAUGGAACUCGAGCUCGAAGAGGCAGCUGCCCUGGCCAAACGCGCCCUCAGCGAUCUGGACACGGAUGCCAGCCGGCUGAUCAAUCGACCCGACGACGACCUGAGCAGCACAACAACCACGGAGCCGAUCAGCUCGUCCAAUGAAACGGAAACCGAGGGCGAGUGCGAGGUUGAAACGGAAGUGGACACGGAAACAGAGGCAACAACUGCCGCCGACCAAUCGAGCCGCGAGAGCACACCUGUUAACGCUCAUCCCCCGACGGAGCCGACAUCGCCGGGCAGCAGUUCGCUAUCAUCGCUGCUUAGUGCCGCGACGCUGACGCCGACAGCGACGCCCACGCCGGCAUUAAAUGAGCUGCCAAGAGAAGCGAAUCAACAUUCGACAUUGUUGGCCAACGAAUUUAGCCCGAACAAAUUGGCCAACAGUUCAACUGCAACCACUUCGCUGGCGGCAACGCGCGAGGAAUUCGUUCGCAACAUGGAAAAAGUGCGCGAAUUGAUCGAAAUGACGCGACGCGAAAUCGGGAAUGUAAACGGAAACGGAAACGUUAACGAGAACGCGCCAGCUGCUCCGGAGCAGCAGCGGCAGCAGCCAAACGAAUUGCGCUGUAGGUUAUCACCCACGCCCCCGCCUGUGCCACCGCCCCCAAGCAGCAUGCACUAUCCCGCCACCAGCACCGCCCAGCAUCCAAUCCUUAACCCCUUGUUGCUCAAGCGUCAAGAGUCGAAUGAUUCGCACUGCUCGGACAGCACACAGCACAGCCAAUGCACUGCCAUACACGUGGCCUCACCAACCCCGCAACAGCAACCCCCCACACCUCCCUUGCGACAGCAGCAGCAACAGCAGCAACCAGCUAUUUCCCCUAUUUCAGCAGCGGAAACGGAAGCGGAGUGCAUCAAGAAAUUGCGUUUGCUAUGCACCGAGACCUUGGCCUCCAUGCCUUAUGGCGAGCAGAUGCUUGAAGAGCUUGCCAGCGUUGCCCAAAACAUAACCGAACAGCAGCAGCAACAGCAGCAGCAACAACAAGUGGACAACAUGCCUUAUCCUAUGCCCCAGUUGCCGCACAUCGGCGAGCUGCAGCUCUCGCUGGACCAGGCCGCGGGCGAGAAGGAUGCCUGGUUGGGCUUGCCCACGCAGAAGGAUCCCCAGCUGCUGGUGUGCCUGUCGCCUGCGCAGCGUGCGCUGACACAGCAGCAACAGUUGCAGCCAGCGGCCGAUCAGCUGCUGGACGCACACGAGAAGUUCGUGCAGCGUCGCGGCUAUCACGAGCUGAGCGCUGAACAGGUGCGUGCCAUGGACAGCGCACAAAUGAAUGCCGAACAGGAGCAGAUACUCAAAACGGCGGCCAAGAUGCGCGAAUUGCGCAAGAGUCUAACGCCCACAGCGACAACGCCGCCGCCGCCGCCGGUGCCUGUGAAGAGCGCCGAGACGGCGGCCAAGGCAAAGAGCCAAGCAGCGCAGCAACAGCAGCAACAGGCAGAUGACGUAAGCCAAAAGGCAAACUCAGCAGCAACAAUGCCAGCGACAUCAUCAUUUGAAAAUAAACCAACAGCAGCAGCAGCAGCUGAUCCGCAGUUGCCGUACGCAUUUGACCAGCGCACAGUCGAGCAGCAACAGCAGAGCAAACACAGCAGCAACAGCAACAGCAGCUACAUGAGCCACAGCAGCAACAUUAAAAGCAGCAGCAACAACAGCAGCAGCAAAUUUCCAGCCAGCAUGGAGAGCGAAUUGGCGCGCAUGUUCCCCAGCAUGGCCCAGCAGGGCGACAUCUUUGACGAGCAGCGCAAGCGUUUCUCCAACAUUGAGCAGAGCGGGCAGCCGAAGCCGCAGCAUAGCAAACGUUACUCGAACAUUGAGACCAGCUCCUUUGAGUCCAAGAAGCGUGUGGAGAACGGCCAGGUGAUCUACGACUACAGCAACAGCAGUCGCGAGCAGCAGCAGCAGCAGGAGCCUGCUGGUGACACCCCCACGGCAAAUGGGAAAUUUCCGGUGCGCGAGGUGCAGCAGCAGGUGCCGCAGGUGCAUCAGAUACCUGUGCGGCAGGCGGCGGCGGAUGAGGUGGACUGUGCACCGCCAGUGCCACCGCCGCCGGCAGCGGCAAAUAUGAUGUCAGCAACGAAAUUAAAUGGCAUGUCAAACACUUUCAAUGAUGACGCACAGCAGCAACAGUUGCUCCCAGAGAGCAGGCAGCACAGAGAACAAACAACAACAACAACAACAACAACUGGCGCCAAGGUGAACAGCAGCAGCAGCAGCGGCACUUAUGAGGAAUUUCGGCAACGUGCCAAAGCAGCGCUCGACGCAAUUGCUCAGCCCAACGGCAACGGCAACGGGCAACCUUCGACGGGCAAUCACUUGGAUAAUGAAAAGCUCUUCAAGGACUUUGAUGUUUUGUCCCAGCAGCUGAAUGCCGAGCUGCAAACGGGCCGUGAGCAGCGACAGCAGCGCGACAAAUCCGCCUCGCUCUACGAUCUCAGUCGCCUCACCAACAGCAACAACAAUAACAGCUGCCAACUGGAGCAGCUGAAGCGUGAGCGGCACGCCCACAUGCAGGAGCUGGAGCGUGAAAUUGAACGCUCGGCCAGAUCACGCCAGGAGCGGCUGUCCUCGGUGCCGCGUGCCGUUGAGAUACCCAUUCAACUGGCGCCCGAUUACGAGCGCGCUCGUCGCGCCGAAUCGCUGUGCAAUCUGAACGAGCCGGCGCGGCCCCACAGCUCCGCGGAGCACUACCGAGUGCCCACCGAGGCGAUGCAGCAGGAUGAUUGGGCGCACUAUGCCAGCGAUUUGGGCUACUCGGAGAAUAUAGCGCGUCCAUUUGCGCGCGAGGUGGAGAUUUGCUAUCAGCGCCAGAACCAGCGGCAGCCGCACUCGAUUCGCGCGCCACGCCUCUCGGCCAGCACGAACGAUCUGUCCAGCAGCAGCUGCUACGAUAGCUUCAAUGCGUACGGAGGCGGGCGCCGGCAUGCGCCCAUGCUGCAGCAGGCGCCGCAGCAGCAGCGGCCGCACUAUGCCAGCUGCUACUCGAUGAUCGAGCGGGAUCCGAAUCCCACGUACAUUAGCACCACCUCGAGGCGUGGCGUGUCGCCGGCGCCGGUGUCCACGCCCGUUACCCCGCAGCCGGGACAGCCGCCGGCGUACGACAGGCAGCGGGAGAGACGCGCCUCGUUGCCGCGCGAGCUGCACGAGCAGCAGCUCAAGUAUAUACUGAGCAAGGAGGAGCAGCUGAAGCUAGAGUUCGAGCGGCUGCAGCAGGAGCGCCGCCGGCUGAUGGAGGAGAUGCAGCGGGCGCCCACGGUACUGCAGGCGCCGCCGCCGCGUCGCGAGAGCUACCGGCCAGCGCCCAAGCUGCCCACGCUCAGCGAGGAUGAGGUGUUCCGCCAGCAAAUGGCCGAGGAGUGGAUGAACAAGGUGGCCGAGCGCGAGGAGCGGCGCCAGCACAAGAUCAUCAAGAUAUCCAAGAUCGAGGACGAGCAGCAGCACGCCACCGAGCAGCAGGCCAACAUAAGCGAUGAGUUUCUCAAUCGCGUCAAGGAGCGCCGCCACAAGCUCUCCAUGCCCGCGGACAGCGACUGGGAGAGCGGCGCCGAGUCGCAACCAGCACCCGCCAAAGCGGCGGCGGCAGCGGGCAGUGAAUCGGAUGCGGAGGCGCCGACGCCCGUGCGCAUUCUGGAGGGUCAGGCCGAGGCGAAUUUGCGCGAGCUGCCGCGCCAUCUGCGCGAAUUCGCCAAGUUCAGCAGCUGCGAGCAGCUGAAAGGUGACGCCCAGUCAUCUGGUCAAGUGGAGCGGCACGAGCAGCAGGAGCGCAGCGAGACCGCAACGGACAAUUCGCUAAGCAGCGCCAGCAAGAAGUCGACCAUUGUGAAGACGUACAAGGUGUCCCGGUUGCCGCCUUCUGUGCAGGCACGUCCCUCGUACAAGAGCAAUGGUUAUGUCUCAGAGCCCGAGCCCAAUUACGAUUCCGAUUACUCGACUGUAAAAUACCGUACACCCAAUCCUCUACGCGUGCAGUCGGUCUCAUCGGCAGUCAAUGUGCGCAAUCUAAACCAGGACGAUAAAUUGUAUGGUACUAUGCCCAAUCCCAUAAAAGCGGCACAGAACUCGUACAAGAAUCAACCUGGUCGCAUCGAGAACUAUACAACUGGACAUUCGUCCGUUUCGGAGAAGGAGAAGAAGGAGAAUUUGGAACAAUCGAAAUUAUCGCCGCUCUACACAGAAGGCAAUUUGUCAAGAGCUCUGGCCAAGGAAUCGGGUUAUACCAGCGAUUCGAAUCUAGUCUUCCGCAAAAAGGAGCUACCCGUUAGCAGUCCGCUGAGUCCCGUGGAGCAGCGACAGGCCUACAAGAGCUUGCAGGCGGGAGGGGAACCGCCUUUGCUGGGCUUCCGUAAGCCCGCGCCCGAGAAACCCAAAGAAAUUGUGGAAGAAUUCGAAUUUAUUCAGAUAACGCCCACGCUAACCAAAAUACGCGUGAGCACCAAGCCGCUUGAGGAUUCCAAGGAAGUGCUAGAGCAAGCAGAGACUAAAACUGCUCCGCACGCACCACCAACACCUCCUCCCCCGCCACCACCGCCACCGCCGCCACCAACUUCAGCUAACAAAAUGUUUUCGCAUUUCUCCAAGAAUUUGCCCUCUUUUAUACCCCUGAGCAAGAAGCAGCAGCAGCAGCAGCUGCAGGAGACGGCUCCUUUGCCACCGAAUCGCCGCUCCUCCUGCACCAAGAGCACCGUGCGCGUGGAGAAGAUUACGAGCAGCUGCGCCAAGUCGCGCCACGAUCAAUGCUUUUUGCCGCCCGGCGGCAGCAAUAGCCUAACCAUGCGCAAGGUCGCCAGCUCACGUCGGGAGCCCAUUUGCCGCUCCAAGUCCACCGGAGCAGUGUCCACGCUGCUGGCCACCCUGACCGCCACCAAGGAGACGCGCACCAAGGACGGCUGCCUGCUGCGGGUCCAUCAGCAGCAGCAUCAGCAUCAGCAUCAUGCGCGCCUGCGCUCCGUGAGUCCCAGUCGUCGCCCCGCCGCGCGUCUGCUCGCGCUGCGCAACUCGAGCCGCAGUCCGGUCGCGUUUGGACGCAGCAUUUCUAAGGAGCGCAGCUUCGCCGAGGAGAAGAAGCGUCUGGAGAGCACGCUGCCGCCUAGUCGCACGAACUUCGAGGCGAGCACCAAUAUACUGCGCGAUCCCUCGCUGAAAUCCCCGCAAGAGGUGCGCGAGGCGGUGCGCUCCUAUGCCACCUGCAAGGCGCAGCACACUGUGAGGAGCAAGUCGCUGCCCCGUUUGCGCCACAGCACCGUCAGCACCACCACGCGGCACACUAUGUGCCUGCCACAGGUCAGACCACAGCAGCUGCUGGACUGCAGUCGGACGUUGAAGAAAGUGCUGCCCAAGUGCAGCAAGGCGCAGGGUCAAACUGUCCAGGCAAUUGCCACGGUGCAUCGCAGCGCCUCGCAGGAGAGUUUGCCGCGCAGCAACUCGACCUACUCCAUCGACUCGGUGGUGCGGCAGGAGUAUGUGCCCAUAGCACCGCCCAAAACCUAUAUGGGCAAGUCGAAGCCCAACAAGCUGCAGACCAGCCGCAGCGAGGGUCAUGUGCCGCGCAAGCGUUCGAGCACCACCACCAAAACCACUUUAACCAAAUCCAAACCCACGGCUGCUAUUGCCCAGCAAUCGUACAGCGAAACGGUGCGCGAGAAAACCCACUUCUGGAACGAUUACAAUGCCAAGCAAGGUCAAACCCAAACGACCCACACGAUCCACACGCCCCACUCGCUGCCGCAGCUGAUCAAUGGAGGCACCAGCGACUACAAGUACUGCUCGCUGGUGGAGCCAGGCUAUGCCGAGGAUGUCUACGAUUACACAUCGGCCCAGGCACCCGGCAGCUGCAUAGAAGAUCUCGUCUGGAAGUAUGAGAGCAAGGCUUUGCCCGGCCCAGUCAGGCCCGCGGCUGUGACGGACAUCGCGCGGCCACAGUCACCACACACGGAGCUGGGGCGUCGUUUUUCACCGACGCGCGAGGUGCGCGUGCCUCAGCAGCAGCAGCAGACACAGCAGCGGGAGGUGCGCUCCCCCUCGCGCCGGCGCAUAGACAGCCUGCGCUCGAGCCAGCGCCAGGACAAGGAACAACAGCAGGCGGUGGCCCGGGCCAGCAGCCUGAGCAGCGCCGACGACCGCAGCAAGCGGCAGUCGGGUGGUGCAGCUGGUGGUGACGGACUCUAUCAGUGUGGGGAGCUGGCGCACAGCGCCACCUCGCUGGUGCAGCUGGAGCGGCACAGUCCCAGCUGUCGGUAUCGCAACAAUUGCGAACGCUUCACCGAGCUUAAUCGCUUUUACAGCACCUUGGAGCGCGUCGGGCAGCUAGAGCGUGCCACCUCGGCGAGCAAUUUCCAUCCGUUGCGCAAGGAUGCGGAACUGCUGGACUUUGACGAGUGGCGCAAGGUGCGUUUGCACGAGCGCGCCGAGAAGGAACUGCAGUAUCUGGUGGGCAAGCUGCAAAUGGAUCAGCGCGAGCGCGACUUGCACUUUCGCUCCAAGGACGUGAACGAGAUCAAGUGGCGACAGGAUGCGGAUCAGGCGCUGCAUGCCAAGCAGAAAUCCGUGGAGGAUCUGCGCGAGAAUUUCGAGCAGCUGCAGCUGCUGAAGCAACAGUCACGCACCGAGGCCGAGCUGCCACCCGUGCAGCGUCAAUGGCGCCGGAACACGGUGGCGGAUCUGGCCAGCAGCCUGGAAGCUGGAGGCUACAGCCGGGAGUCACAGACGGAGAGACAGACGGAUCGUCAUUUGAGCAACGAUUUGGUGAGCACGCUGUCCAAGGAUCAAAUCAAGAAGAUAACACAGCAGCUGAACGAGAUCUAUGCGGGCAAUCGUCAGCCCGGAGCCGUGGAGGAGCAGUAUGUGGUCACCGUGGAGAAGGGCUCAAAGCCCAGCAGCCAUGCCAACACGCUGAAGGUGCGCUGCAAUUCGAAUAUCAGCAAGGAGCAGCUGCUCGGUCCGGUGCUGCGCAAGCGGGAGGAGCAGCAGGCGCAGACCCUGCCACGUGCCACGCGCAGCCAAUCCCCCGUGGUGGUCGCCCGGGAGACACGUGGCGCCAUCGCCGCUAAGAAUGCGGAGCUAACGCUAACCAAGCCGCCCGAGGUGCCGCCUCGACCCAAGCCCAAAGGCGAGCCGAAGCCAACGAAAACUAUGGCCAAAGCCGAGCCGGAGUCACAAGAUCAGGGCAGGGAGAAUCCCAUUAACCAGAAGAUACAGUACUUUGAAGAGCGGCAGUUCGAGGAGCCGCCCAAGACCAUAUACCAUGCACGCGAGGACAGCUCCCCGGACGAGGCGGAGGUCAUGCGGCUCAUCGAGCAGAACAUGCAGGCGCGUCAGCAGGCCAGGCAUAGUCACAGUAACAGCCAGAGUCACAGUCACAGCCAGAGUCACAUGGUACACACAGAGCUGAGCAACUCGCUCACAGAUUUAAGCGGCAUUUAUGGAGAGCGUCCGGCAGCACGCGUAAAUUUUCACUUGCACAGCCCGCCCGAUCGUCCGCCCGAAGACGAGCGGCAGGAAGAGCUGCUCAGCUACGAGCAUGGUUCACCCGACGGCAGCCUUGAGCUCUACGAUGCCUACUAUCGCUCCAGGAGUCUGUCCCCCCAGUCGCAGGCCUCUGCCUGCUCCAGCUCGUAUCUGCAGCUCGUCUACACGGGCGAGGUGCAGAAGAUGAAGCAGAGAUUCGAGAGCAUCCAGCGGGAGCAGCAGUCCAAUGAACGGCGUGAUUUUUUUGGGCUUAGUACGCUGCGGAAGGCGCGCAGCGAUCCUGCACUGAAGACAGGAUCAAAAGACGCCUCGGGCAACGCGACGGAUGCGUUGCCGCUGCAGGAUGUCAGCCAGCUGACGCACAAAUUCGAGCUGCGACACGGAGCAACUCCCUCGCCAGAGCGUGGCAGACGGAAGCAGCGCGGCCUGCUGAUGCCGCACAUAGACAUCAUAAGCAAGACGGCCGAGCUGCUGCCGGCCAAAGCGAGUCCCACGCGCAGCCACAGCAGCAACAGCUGCUCCAACCCGGGCCACGUCCAGUCGCUGCGCCAGCGCUACGAGUCACCGGAGCCGCCGGAGUCCGCUGGCCAGGCACAGAGCCUGCCCCAGCGCUAUUUGUCCACCUCCCUGGCGGAUUUGCGGGACGUGCACGAGAGCAUAUCGCCACAUUUGAGCGGCGAUUGGGUGGCGCACAAGCAUCCGCAGCGCACGCCGGCGCUGCCCAAGAAACCGCAAAGGCAGCCGGCAUUGCGCGCCAGCUCCAACUCGCCGCCGCGUCCGGCCAGGCAGAUGGACAUCUUUGCCAAUCAGCCGUUCGAUCCGCACAAGCAUCGACCCAAGGCGCGCUAUGUGCCCGAUGGCGCGGAUGCGGCAAGCAGCGCUGCCCGGCGUUGCCCAGCCAACAGCAUGGAGCGUCUCAAGCGCCACGCCCUGGCGGUGACAUUUAAAGACGUGAACAUACACUUCAAGACACCGAUAAGGCAUGAGUACAAGCAGAACAUAUCGGAGGAGGAAUUAGCUAUACGACAAGCGGAGCAUAUGCAGAAAUUGUAUCAGGAGGAGCGCAGACGCAAGUAUCUACAGGAGCUGCAGGACAUGAAUUCGCGACGACACACCGACAAUUUUACACCCUCACAGAAAUCGCCAAUUGCCUUGAAUCGUUACGAUGAUUUCCCCACAGACGUAACGCUCAAAUCUCUGGUGGGGCCCAAAACAGUUGCCAGGGCCCUCUACAACUUCCAGGGACAGACCUCCAAGGAGCUCUCGUUCCGCAAGGGCGACACCAUCUACAUCAGGCGACAGAUCGAUCCCAACUGGUAUGAGGGCGAGCACAAUGCCAUGAUUGGACUGCUGCCGGCCAGCUAUGUCGAGAUUGUCAGUCGGGAUGGCGCCCGCACGCCUGGCAAGCGUCCAUCGGAGGGUCAGGCACGUGCCAAGUACAACUUCCAGGCGCAGUCCGGCGUGGAGCUAUCCCUCAACAAGGGCGAGCUGGUCACACUGACACGUCGCGUCGACGGCAAUUGGUUUGAGGGCAAAAUAGCCAAUCGCAAGGGCAUUUUCCCCGUCUCCUAUGUGGAGGUCUUAACCGACAUUGGUGCAGAAGAUAUUGCAGCCAGAACCACAACCGUCAUCAACACUCAGAGUACCACGAAUCUGCGUCCAAAUUUGGACGUGCUACGCACAAAUAUCAACAACGAGUUCAAUACGCUGACCCAGAACGGAGCACAUCCGCCGAAUGGCAUACUAAAGGAGACCCGCACGCUGCACAAGACAGACGCCCUCCACGUGGACACCAGCUCGGAGCCCUUGACUUAUCGUGCGCUGUACAAAUACCGACCACAGAACUCCGAUGAGCUGGAGAUCUUUGAGGGGGAUCUGGUGCAGGUGCUGGAGAAGUGCGACGAUGGCUGGUUCGUGGGCACUUCGCAGCGGACGGGCUGCUUUGGCACAUUCCCCGGCAACUAUGUGGAACGUGCCUGAAAACUGAAAACUCGAAAUGGUGGAAGGAGCAUAACGAACCGUUACGAUAUUUGUCUAUUGCUUUGGCCACAAGUGGAGAGAAAAAAGGAAAGUAAACUAUGCAAGAAAUUCAGCUCUAAACUGAAUGAGUUUGUAGUCCAAAGCCCAGCCAAGGCAAAAGCAAUUAUUAAUUAUUUAUAUGAAUUAUAAAACAUUAUAAUUUCAAUUGUUGUUAAAAAAAUCAAUAUCAGCUGCUUAAUUUUGCCGAUGUUUCUCUUUUAAUUUAAAUAAUGUACAACUAUUUAUUUAUUUUUAAAGAAAUGUUGAAAUUAUGUUUAUUUAUAAAAAAAAAUACACAAAAAUAUUAACAAGAAGUUUGAACCACACAGCCCGCACAUACACACACACACACACACAUGCACACCAAAUAUCCAAAAGUUGAAGCUAAGAUAUUUUUUUCUAUAAACUUAUUUUUUCGUUUACCUACUAAUUUUAACUAGUCACAGCUAAUUUCCAAAAAAAAUUAAUUUGAAAAAAAAAAAACAAAAAAAAAAUAAUCAGAGAAAUAAUUUAUGAUUUUCGCGUAGGAAUCAAAACUGAUUUUGCGCCAUUUGAAAACGUUGAACACCAAGUGCCUUAAAUAUAAAAUGUUAAUUGACUAAAAAGGGAAAUAAAUAAAUAAUUAAAUUUAAUAAUAAAUGCAUAGAAACAAGUGCCCUUCUGUUGUGUCGACAAUGCUAAUAAAUUAAUGUGCGAUUAUUAUACAUUUACAUAAUAUUAUUGAAAAACUAAAUUUGUAAUUUUACGAGCGUUUAUUACACAGACACCUGUUGCAAGCGAAUGCGUAUUAAGUAAAUAAAAUAAACAAAAACAAAACAAAAAAAAAUAAUCAUAA